AGGAUAUAUAAAUCGUGAACAUGAUGGGACUUUGUUACUGCUGCAGUCUGGUGACUUUGCGCAUUUUCUUUUUGAUCGCUGUUGUUAUGAUGAACUUCCAGGCGGCUCUAUUAGUCACACUUGUGGGAAUCGUGGCAUCUGCCCCAAUCUCUGACAAACUGGACAUUAUGAAUAAGGAUACUAUUGAACAAGCUCACAGUUUAAUCAACAAAAUUCUACAAGACAUUCCUACAACUCAUGCAGCCUGGAUAAACAGCAAGAGUAUGACUUUGGGCGACAGCAAGACUAUGCUGGAGCUGCAGUUCUUAAAGAAAGAUAUGAAUAUACCCUCUGCCCCAGUUCUUCAGAACAUCUCCACUAUCUCCACCCUGGAACUCUGCCUUGCAAACAUAAUGAAGGGACUGCAGCUGCAUCUGAUUCUCUUGACAGAGAUCGGCAAAGCAGACACACUGGAUCCGACAGACCAUGUCAAAAGCCUUGAAGCUAAAAUUGAAGAACUUCUGCAUCUAAUCGAAGAGUUGCAGAGCCAGGCGGGAUUUAACUCAACAAAGCAGGCAUCGGAUGAGCAUACCACCGUUCAUGGCCUAGCCAAGAAUCUCACGACUAAAUACAAGACCCAGGUGGCAGCGCACCUCACCCUGCAACAGCUUCAGGACUUCAGCUGUGACAUCCUCCGCAGUAUCCUCAGUAUGAGCUCCAGCACGGCAGAGACCCCUAACACUAUACAGUUCUGUGUAAAUGCAGGAGGCCUGUGAGCAGCCUAGACCGUAAAGCCCGAAGUAUACCUCAGUUUUGACACAUAGCCAUUCGAAAAAUACUGAUACUAUGCUAAAUAUACUGAAACAGAUGGUAGGAAUAAUAAUCAACUUCCCUAUGGAGAACCCACCUGGCUAUUGUUCUCUAUAGAGUAUGAAUAGAUGAAAAAGGGCACAUACAGCAUUGCACCCUAGCAUACAUGUUAAAAGCAAAGUAUAACUUGGGCUUUACAGAAAAACAGAUGCAACUUGAUAAAUCAAUCAGGAAAUAGAGGUACUGGUAUUUGUUUUCUUCGGAUUUUGUAUUUUUAUUUAUUUAAUAAUUAGGCUAUUUAUUUUCUGCCUCAUUUAGCAUUUUAUUUAUUAUUUAUUAAUUUAUCCAUUUAGGAACGCCCUUAAAAGUAAUGUUUCACUUAAUUCACUGUGAAAUACUUUACCGUGUCAUACAAUCUGAGCACAUGAGCAUGUCUCAUAAAUUGCUAAAUGAGAACAUGGUCAUUGGAUUGAUCUCCUGAUCUCUGUGAGAACUACACACUGUUUUUUAUUAGUCAUUUCAUGUGAUAUGUCCUUGUUUUUAUUUUUGCUACCCUUGAUAUUUCCGAUGAGUUAAUUCAGUAUUAUUUAUUUAUUUAUUUAUUUAACUAAACAUACAUGUAUUUAUUUUUGCCAUUAUUUGUUAUGAUAUUUUUGGAAUAUUUGAUGAUGUACCUUAUUAAUAAUAAAAACCUUUUUUUUUAA